AUGGCUCCUGGCUCCGGCACACAGCUGGAGAGGAGCGGGCAGCCCCCAGGGGGUUGGCUAGCCCUGGCCGCCCUGGCCCUGCUGUGGGGAUCCUCGGUCCAGGGAGGAGGGAAGCCAGGGUGCCCAUCGUGCAGGAUGCCCACCCUGGAGCCAGGCACAGAGAGGCGCUUCCUGCUCGAGCUGGCCAAGCGGCAGAUCCUGGAGAAGCUGCACCUGAGUGAGAGGCCCAACGUCACCCAGCCGGUGCCCCGUGUGGCCAUCGCCAACGCCCUGCACCACCUGCAUGUGGGCAAAGCCCAGCGGGACGGGCAGCUGGGGUCCUUCGCCCACUGGGACGGCCCCAACGCCGAUGAACUGGGCUACGAGAUCAUCAGUUUUGCCAAGACAGAGUUCUCCUCGCGCUCCAGCACAGGCCUGCAUUUCCGGUUCAGCCGGCGCCCGGGCCAGGAUGUCCACAUCCUGCAAGCCCAGCUGUGGCUCUACGUCCAGGCCCCCUGGAGCGGUCUUUCCCCAGUCACGCUGCGGGUCUCCCUGGGGGGGGCGCUGCUGAGCGAGAGGCAGCUGGAGGCCCAGGCCAGCGGCUGGCACACCUUCGCCCUCCUGCCUGCGCUCCAGGCCUUCUUCCGCGGGCAGGAGAAGACGCUGAGGCUGGAGCUGGAGUGCCGUGGGUGCCAGGCGAAUGCCACGGCCGGGAGCGACGCCGGCGGCUCCCACCAGCCCUUCCUGGUAGCCAAGGCCACAAUGCGGGAGCCAGGGCAGCGGGUGGCCAAACGCAGCCUGCGCUGUGACCAGACCUCCAACCUGUGCUGCCGUAAGGACUAUUACGUGGACUUCCGGGACAUCGGGUGGAACGACUGGAUCAUCAAGCCAGAGGGCUACCAGAUCAACUACUGCAUGGGGCAGUGCCCGCCCCAUGUGGCCAGCAGCCCGGGCAUGGCCUCCUCCUCCCACACGGCCGUGCUCAACCUGAUCCGGGCCCACAACAUCCGGGCGGGCGGGCAGUCCUGCUGUGUGCCCACGCACCGCCGGCCCCUCUCCAUCCUCUACUUCGAUCGCAACAGCAACAUCGUCAAGACCGACAUCCCGGACAUGAUCGUGGACGCCUGCGGCUGCAGCUAG